AUGGAGACGGUGGGGCCCGGCCGCAGCAGCUUCCAGCCGCACCCGGGGCUGCAGAAGACCCUGGAGCAGUUCCACCUGAGUUCCAUGAGCUCCCUGGGCGGCCCGGCCGCCUUCUCGGCGCGCUGGGCGCAGGAGAUGUACAAGAAGGAGAGCGCCAAGGAGCCGCCGGGCGCCUCGGCCCCGGGCGCCGAGCAGCAGCAGCCCCCGCAGCCGCCGCAGCCCCCGCAGCCGCUGCAGCCGCAGCAGCAGCAGCCCCCGCCGCCGCCCCCCGUGCUGCACCUGCCCCCCAUCCAGCCGCCGCCGCCCGUCAUGCCGGGCCCCUUCUUCAUGCCCUCGGACCGCUCCACCGAGCGCUGCGAGACCAUCCUGGAGGGCGAGACCAUCUCGUGCUUCGUGGUGGGCGGCGAGAAGCGCCUGUGCCUGCCGCAGAUCCUCAACUCGGUGCUGCGGGACUUCACGCUGCAGCAGAUCAACUCGGUGUGCGACGAACUGCACAUCUAUUGCUCGCGCUGCACUGCUGACCAGCUGGAGAUCCUCAAAGUCAUGGGCAUCCUGCCCUUCUCGGCGCCCUCGUGCGGGCUCAUCACCAAGACGGACGCCGAGCGCCUCUGCAACGCCCUGCUCUACGGCGGCGCCUACCCGCCGCACUGCAAGAAGGAGUUCGCCAGCGCCCUGGAGCUCGAGCUCACCGAGAAGAGCUUCAGGGUGUACCACGAGUGCUUCGGCAAGUGCAAGGGGCUGCUCGUGCCUGAGCUCUACGUGAACCCCAGCGCCGCGUGCAUCCAGUGCCUGGACUGCCGCCUCAUGUACCCCCCGCACAAGUUCGUGGUGCACUCGCACAAGGCCCUGGAGAACAGGACUUGCCACUGGGGCUUCGACUCGGCCAACUGGAGGGCCUACAUCCUCCUGAGCCAGGAUUACACUGGGAAAGAGGAGAAAGCCAGGCUGGGCCAGUGCCUAGACGACGUGAAAGAGAAGUUCGACUAUGGCAACAAAUACAAGAGGAAAGCACCCAGGGUCCCUUCUGAACCCCCAACAGCCAUCAAGCCCAAAACAGAUGAUUCCUCUACACAAUCCCCUCCUUCUGAGAAGGACAAGCAGUCCAGCUGGUUACGGCUGGCAAGCUCGUCCAAUAAGAGCAUUGGCUGCAUGCAUCCCCGUCAGCGCUUGUCAGCUUUCCGACCUUGGUCCCCCGCUGUUUCUUCAAACGAGAAAGAUCUCUCCACACACCUUCCUGCACUGAUUCGAGACAGUAGCCCCCGGCUCAUGCUUUCUCCACCUUUCUGCAGUUUUUAUUCAUAUAAGAGUUUCGAGAAUGCUGUGGCACCCAACGUGGCAUUAGCUCCUCCCACACAGCAGAAGAUUGUGAGCAGCCCUCCCUGCACCACCAUUGUGUCCCGGGCCCCUGAGCCCAUCACCACUUCCAUACAGCCCCGGAAAAGAAAGCUGCCUGUGGAGAAUCCUGGCAUGCCGGAGACCUUGGUCCCCGUCACAGCCCCAGAAGAUGAGAAGGAUUCCGAGGCGGAUGUGGAAGUGGAGAGCAGAGAGGAAUGUAAGUUCACUUCCUCCUUGUCCUCGCUCUCUUCUCCAUCCUUUACCUCAUCCAGCUCAGCUAAGGACAUGAGCUCUCCAGGAAUGCAAGCCCCUGGUGGUGGCAGCAGCGGUGGUGGCGCAGUCAGCGCUCCUUUUGAGGCCGUGGCCCAUGCUGAUUCCCACAGCAACGGGCUGGAGGCUGAACUGGAGCAUCUGAGGCAGGCCCUGGAAAGUGGUCUGGACACUAAGGAAGCCAAAGAAAAAUUCCUUCACGAAGUCGUGAAAAUGCGAGUGAAGCAGGAGGAGAAGCUGAACGCGGCCUUGCAGGCCAAGCGCAGCCUGCACCAGGAGCUGGAGUUCCUGCGAGUGGCCAAGAAGGAGAAGCUUCGAGAGGCCACGGAGGCAAAGCGUAACCUGCGGAAAGAGAUUGAGCGCCUUCGGGCAGAAAAUGAGAAGAAGAUGAAAGAAGCCAACGAAUCCCGGCAGAGGCUCAAGAGGGAGCUGGAGCAGGCCCGGCAGAUCCGUGUGUGUGAUAAGGGCUGCGAGGCUGGCCGGCUGCGGGCCAAGUACUCUGCGCAGAUUGAGGACCUGCAGGUGAAGCUUCAGCACGCCGAGGCUGACAGGGAGCAGCUCCGGGCCGAUCUCUUGCGAGAGCGGGAGGCCCGGGAACAUUUGGAGAAAGUUGUGAAGGAGCUUCAGGAGCAGCUGUGGCCUAAACCAAGCCCUCAGGCCGGGGGCAGCCACCGAAACGAGCUGGAUGAGCUACCACCUGAGCCCCGAGCCUGACACCGCUCCCUCCGCCAGUGAUGGGCAGAUGCGCGCUUGUGUCCCCGCAUGUGUCCGACGGGGUGAACGUUUCCGCACCCAGCAGACAGACCGGGGGUGCGCUGGAGGGCACCUUGUCCCUGACAGCCGAAGCACUGAGUUCUGCGCCUCUCCCUGUCCGUAUAGCACAACAUCUUCCUGUGCCUCGAACACGACUGAGUGUUUAUGAACUGCCCUUUUGGACGCCAUCCGGCGAUGUUUUCUACUGGCUGGUGAGCCAAGGGGGCUCCCCUGUUUGUCCCCUGCUUGCUGGAACACUUUGAAACGCAAACUUUUGUUAUAAGCUAUUUAAGACAGUGACAGAGACUUGAUAAUCCAAGAAAUGAACAAGUUUUUUAUAAGUAACUUUUCAAAACCCACAAACACUUGGUGAUGCACAAUUUGGAUGAGUGGUUACGCCGCGGGGAAGAGGCCCCCGCUUGCUCCCGCAGCCCGCCCGCCAAGCUUGGGGAGCCCUCACGGUUUGACCCUCUCAUGUGGUUUGAUUGGGAGAUUUGAGUGUUUGUUUUUGUUUUUGUUUUUCUAAGUCUUUAUUUUUAAGUGAUAAUUACCCAGUUUUCCAGCACGGAUGCUAGAAGAAGAGUGUGUGGGAGAGAGAGAGGAACUGAAAAGCUGCCCAGCCUUAUUGAAGAUGUACGUUACGGCUCCUGCGUCAUCACCCCGGGUCUGCAGAUGGCCACGGCCUUUAUGUUCAGAGACUUCCUCCAUCAUGCCCCGGCACCCUGGUGGAGGAGGAGGGGGAGGCCGGCCAAGUCACUCUGAGGACAGUCGCUUUGGUUUUGUUUUGUUUUGUUUUUUUUUUUUUUUACUGGAUAACUCUCCUUUGUUACAUCCCCUUCCUCAUAAAGGACAGUAUUUAUCUCCCCGUCGUUCAGGUUGUCCCUGCCCACGUCCUCGGAGUGACCAGUGCUCCCAUCGCUGCUGUGAAUGAUCGGUGGCCAUGCCUUUCAGUGUGACCAAGGGGGCUGCUUUAAUUCUGGGAUCCACUGAGACCCUCACCCCUGCACUGGAACAAAAUGCAGCAUUACAUCAUCGCUUGGUCUUGGGGGGGCUGUUUUCUGUCUGUCUUUUUGUUCAAACUCAUCCUUAGACUGCACUUUGUCAAAAACUCCCUGUGUCUUUUUCUUCUCGCUUAUCAAUCAGCUUGAGUUAAAAGGUUUUCACUUUUAAAAUAUAUUGUACCGAUGUUCUCAAACAGAUCCUAUCCUAGCACUCAGGUGCUUAGAAAAUUCCCUUUGGUGCUUGGUUGAACAAGGGACACAUAAGAAAACAGUAAUGACGCAAAACCUGAAUCCUGGGGGGUCGUCGCGUGCCUUCCUGCGUCCUGUAUGUUCAACACUGACUUGUGACUCCCCUCCGCUCCCAACCCCCAAAUACCUAUCAACAGUGUAGAGAAAUCGAAUCGACCAGUAUCAAAAGAAUUUCGUGCUUGCUCAAAAGCAUUUAUUCCAGAUAAUCGAAUUGCUUUCAACUGUUUGUGCAAAUUUAUAGAAGGUUUGUUAUGCCCAAGCUUGAAAGCGAUUUUCCAUAGACAGGAGGCGGCUUCCCAUCCUAAAAUUAUAGUAUUUAUUUACAUAAAAAAUAAGAUUUUACAGGAAUUCUAUGCUAACCACCAUGGUGACUGUGAGCAUUAACAGGAGGUUAAUGUGUUAGGCGCAAAAAAAAAAAAAAAAGAAUAAUCUAUAUAGCUUGGGGAAGCAACAGCUACCAAUGGCUAAACCCACGGAAAUUAGGCAGAAAGGAGCGUGGGCAGGUGAUGCUGGGGAUCCUGGCUCUGUUGCUGGGGCCCCUUCUCACCUGCAGUGCUAAAGGAACAUUAUUGAUACAGCGUUUUAUGUGGGAUCUUUUUUUGGUUUUUUUUUGUUUGUUUUUUUUGCUUCUUUGUAUGUUUUUCUUUUACAGUUAUUAAAAAUUCAUAUGCAUGGAAUUUAAAAAUCUCUGCCAUAUGUAUAUUCAUUAAUGGGCAUUAUUCCUGAUUUGUGUAAAGGGUUUAUUUUGUUAUGCUAUAUGCAGAAUACUGUUUCAGGCUUAGGUGUUUCCAGAUUUGUACUUUUCAGCUAUUUCUUCAAGGGAAACUAGCGAUUGAGUUUUAGCCGCGCUUUUAGGUGCAUUAGAGUAUGUGUUGCUGUGCUAGGUUGCCAAGUCAAGAGACUACACAGAGAGCAAAAGGCCUCCCUGUGGGCCUGGGUUUGCUUGAAGCCACCGUGCUCAGGGAAGGUGGCCGGGGCUUGGGUUCUUCGUUCUAGACUCAGGUGUGAGUAGGUGGUCCUCCUUACCCAAGCAGUGGAUAAAACCCUUUUCACUUCCAGGUGAAUGAUCCUUGGCUCAUUCAGGGGAACUACCCCUCCCCCACCCCCGGUGCAAAUCUCCCCAACAUCUCCCCUCCCCCAUUUUCUGACAGAGAGUACAUGUUCCCACCCCAAGCCUUGUUUCUUGAAAAAUCAGUGAGAUCUCAACACUUCACAGUAACUUAUCCCAAAGAGUAUGGGGUUAGAUCACACCCCGCCUGGUGAUCCUGACAGUAUUGAGUUAUCUUGGCAUCAGAUUUUUUUUAAGGCCAAAUUUUCCCCUUGAGAGCAUUCACACUAAUUCUGCUGGGUAUAGGCUGCCCACGAAAUGCAGCUGUGCUGAUUUCCUGAUGAUCGGUUCAUAUCAGAGCUAGGAAAUGUUGAUUUUUCUUCCCUUCUUGCACCCCCUCCCCUUCCCCCAAGUUGGCAUAUGCAGCCCCAUGCAAAACCUUUUCAAAUUAAAGUUGUCGAUGAAUGGAAUUCAGUCUUAUUUCACAGAUGAUAACAGAGCGAUGUGAACAGACUAUGGGAACAAAUUCUCCUCACCAGCAGCUCAUUGUUAGGCUGUUUUUCGGUCAAUUAACGUUCAUUUUUUUUUUUCCAGCGUGCACAACCCUAAAUUGGGUGGCUUGUGAUCGGACCCUUCCCCCACCUUCGUUAUUUUGUUUGAUAAUAGUAGAAUCACUUGGAACUGACUCACAUGUGUCUGGGCGAGAGCCCCAUGCCACACAAAUGAGAGGUCCUUUGCCAGAUUUUGUAGCUGCUUAAAGUACAUGUUUCUAAUCCUAGGCCUUGUAGGAGCAGCUAACUCCUGCUGCACUGGCAGCCUUGGAGGAGGAGGAGGAGGAAGAGGAGGAAGAGGAGGAGGAGGAGUUGGAGGAGGAGGAGGAGGAGGAGGGAAUCGGUUCCCUGUGUGAUUUCUGUGUAUGAAGCAUUUUUAUACUGCAGCCGAACGAGGUCCCUUAGAGACAGAACUGCUCAUAGUUUUUACUCCAUUACCGCAGCUGCAGCUUAGUUUUCUUUAAGAAGAAGGGAGAAGAGGUGUCUUGUAGGCUGUUGACUCUCCCUAUACUUAAAUAUAUUACCUAGAUAAUUGUAUAUUCAGUUUAAUUACUCAUUGUUUCUAUACUGAAAGAAGACUUAACGAAGGGAAAAAACCAACAGCAAUAACAUUGAUAUCUAUGGAGCAGCUAACUAGUACACAUAAUAUUCUGCUUUUCAUACAAAACUAGCCAAUAUGUAAAAAAAAACAAAAACAAAAAAAAUUCAACAUGUAAAUACUUUUUUUCCUUCAUUUUACACUGUUGUAUUAUAAGUGUAUAUGGUGGUUACUUUUUCAGAAACUCUUUCUUACUUGGUAGUUGUCUUGUUUUCUGAGUUGUGUUUUUAACAAAGAAAAAAAUUCUUUGCUUGUCUGUUGGGGCGGGGGUUGGAAAACACUUUUGGCAAGUUUUCAGUAUGGGUUGAUAUUUUCCAUCUUUUGUUUUGGGUCCUUAUUUUCAUGGUAAAAUAUUUUAUUAUUAAAGGUUAAAUUCUCUUCCCCCCCCCCUCCAAAAAAAGGUCCACAUGUUUUUGAGGGAGGUGUUUUUGUUUGUCAGAAGUGAUAAAUGACAUUUUUUUUCAAUUGAGGAAAAAGAAUCUACAUUUAUAAUAGCCAAGAGCAUUUCAGCACAUUUCUGUUCUCCUGUUUUCUCCUAUGCUGCUGCUAAUGACAAUAUUAUGACUUACCCUACUAUUCAAGAACUAUUUUUAUGUAAUUAAUGUAUGCUUUCUUGUUUAUAAAUGCCUGAUUUUAAAAAAGGAAAAAAAAGAAAGAAAAAAGCUUGGCAUAUUUAUCUAUCUCGCUGUGUACCUUGUUGGUCCUUCCCCCUCCCCCUUGAAACAGAUAAUAUUGUAAAAUAAAGGCCUCUAUGAGAAUAUGUAUGAAAAUAGCUCUGCUUAUAUACCAGUGACUCAAUGUACAGUGUAUAGACGCAUUACUUAAAAUAAACAAAAGUGUUUGGUUCAACUAUUUCCACAUUA